CGCAUAGACCUCAUACCCGUGUGAUUGCAAAGAUGUUUACUGCAGUUUCAAGAAUCGAUACGCCUGCUCCCUUUUUUGGAGGCAAUCGCCUUGUUGCAAGGCGCGCAGCCUCGUAUACGACCGGUCGGCGUGUUGUACAAGUCCACGCCGUCACUAAUGUAUCAAGAAAUCCGAACAUGGGUAAGCUUAAGGCAGGAUAUCUCUUCCCCGAGAUCAAUCGCAUAAAAAACGCGCACCUCGAGAAGAAACCCGACGCGGCCAUAAUCUCCCUCGGCAUUGGCGACACGACGGAGCCCAUACCAGCGCCUAUUAUUGAUGGAAUGAUUUCAUCUGUUAGUGGACUUGGAACACCGGCAGGUUAUGCGAAGUACGGCGGCUAUGGACCCGGCGAAGGACAGGCAGAGUUGCGAGAGAAGAUCGCUUCGCGUUUUUAUCCUGGAGGCGAGGUAUCAGCAGAUGAAAUCUUUGUGUCGGACGGCUCCAAGUGCGACAUCUCGCGGCUGCAAAUGCUGUUUGGUCCAAACCGCAACGUUGCGGUACAAGAUCCAUCGUAUCCGGCGUACGUGGAUUCGUCCGUGAUGAACGGUCACGCCACCAGCUUUGAUGCUUCCACGAAGCAGUAUGGAAACAUCACGUACCUUUCAUGCAACUCAAACAACAACUUCUUCCCGAAUCUGGCCCAUGCAAACGACUCUGAAAUCAUUUUUUUCUGCUCUCCAAACAACCCAACCGGCGCUGCCGCAACGCGCGAGCAACUUACUGAUCUAGUCGCGCAUGCCAAAGAGAAUGGCAGCAUAAUCAUUUACGACGCAGCUUAUGCAAGCUACAUUGAAAAUCCAGACUGCCCAAAGAGCAUCUUCGAGAUUCCUGGCGCGGACGAGUGUGCCAUCGAGACGUGUUCAUUCUCCAAAUAUGCCGGAUUCACUGGACUUCGCUUAGGCUGGACAGUAGUUCCCGAAAAUCUAAAGUUUGCAGAUGGAUUUUCCGUCAAGGCUGACUGGAAUCGUCUGAUGAACACAACCUUCAACGGCGCGUCGAAUGUGGCGCAAGCUGGCGGACUUGCGUGCCUCUCUGACGAGGGCUGGAAUGCUAUGACCGAGCUAGUCGGCUUUUACAAGGAGAAUGCCUCAAUUUUGAAAAGAACAUUUGAGGAUAUGGGAUACACAACCUACGGCGGAACUAAUGCGCCCUACGUGUGGGUAAGCUUCGAUGGGCAGGACAGCUGGGAGGUUUUCACCGAGAUUCUUGAAAAGUGUGACAUAGUUGUCACCCCAGGCAGUGGUUUCGGUCCUGCAGGAGAUGGAUUUAUCCGGGCCAGCGCGUUCGGUCAUCGGGAUAGCAUCCUCGAGGCGACAGAGAGGCUCAAGAAGGCGUUCACCAAGUAAGCGUGAAUCGACUUUUAGCUUUCCUCUUCAAGUUUCACAUGAUGAACUUGAUGAGGAGAAGGGAGUGGCCAGAAAAAGACGAAUGAACUUAAUAAUCUCAAUUGAUACGAUAAUAUGAUAUUAAAAUACAAUAUUACGGAUGAGAGGACCGUGGGUCGGAUCUUUUGCCGCCAAUAAUGGCCGGUACAAUUAGUCCAACCUCGUCCAGUCGCCCUCUUGUAUAACCCGAAAAAAA